AUGAUAACUUCAAUUGCCCGAAGGUAUCCUUCGUUUCGGGAUGAACCGAUAAAAAGUGUCUACAGAUGGCUGGAGGGCAAACGUCUGGACGAUGGGGCCGACGGUUUCUGGAGAAUCCACGACACGCUGUAUGAUUUGAGUGAAUUUAUUGAUCGACAUCCUGGAGGGCCAGAUUGGCUCCGAUUGACAAAGGGAACAGAUAUCACGGAAGCUUUCGAAACUCACCACAUUAGAAUGCGAGCUGAAGAUCUUCUUCCGAAAUUCAAAGUUGGCCCAGCCAAAGGGCCACGGAAUGUGCGGUUGACCUUCAGGGAGGACGGGUUUUAUCUAACGCUGAAACGGCGAGUUCGAGAAGAGCUGCCCAAGCUUGAUCUGAAACCCACAGAAUUAUCUCGGCUGAUAAUAGACUCACUUCUGGUGGUCGUCUUCGCGCUUGCCUUUGCGUCAGUCCACUUCAGCAGCUAUCUGGUGGCCACGAUUUGUGGACUCUUCAUCAGCUGGGUUGUGAUCAGUGCGCACAAUUUCGUCCAUCAACGCGAUAAUUGGCGAAUGAAACUGCUCAAUUUGACUUUUUUCUGCUAUCGAGAAUGGCGCGUUACCCACAUCCUAUCGCAUCAUUUUUAUUCCAACUCGAUCUUGGAUCUUGAAGUGUCGGCCUUCGAACCGAUCCUCUGUUGGCUACCGAAUCCUGCCAUAAAAGGUCGACUGCAGCGAUUUGGUUCCUGGAUUUACGGUCCCCUCAUAUUCUCGGCCAUGUUUAUGCUGGAUUAUUUCAAAAGAAUAAUAGAAACACUAGCGACAAGCAAGAGCAACUUUUACGCCGAUGAUUUGGUCCCGUUUAUUCUUCCAUGUUUCAUGAUGCUGGUUAAACCACCGACGGCCACAAUCGGCGAUAUAAUGUCGUUAUAUUUUUGCGUAGCUUUGACGGGAAGUUUCUUCUUCGGAUUUAUCGCUUUGAACGCAUCACAUCAUCAACCAGAAUGUUUUCAUUCCGGCGAUCAACUUCCGGAAGAUAUCGACUUUGGAAUCUUUCAACUGGCUACAAUCAUCGAUCGGGUUGAUGUGAAGCAGAAUCAUUUCACGUCACUGACCGGCUUUGGGCACCACUGUCUGCACCACAUGUUUCCUACUUUGGAUCAUGGAAUUUUGCCACAAUUGUAUCCAAUAUUUUUGAAAACUUGUCAGGACUUCGGAACGCUUUACCGGGAGAGCUCCUGGAUGCGGUUGAUCAUCGGGCAACAUCUUCAGUUGGCACGCAUCUCGACCCAUAACACGAUACCGAGCGACGUGACAAUUUCAACAACAUCUCUAUUCCCAGCAGAUCGGACUUCCCGGAAUCCCAGUAAUAGUGCGCAUUAG